AUGGCUUACGAUCACGAUAACUCCAAGCUCUUGACCUACGAAGCGUUUAAAGGUCGUAAACAACCCAAUGACUGCCACGGAAUGUUUAACCAUGCUUACUUUGUCGCAUGGUUUCAAAGCUUACUUGACGACGCCGAUGCUCUACAGAAAUCCAGCGCGAUCAUUGUGAGUCCUGGCGUCCUGUUCCACGAACACGACGACGGCAUGGAAGUGAUGCGGGAUGCGUUGGAACUGACCCUUGGUUCAUUGUUGGGGAAAGUACUCUGA